CCGGGACGUGAACAGUUUCCCUGAAAAGCACUUUUUCCAGCCCCCUCCCCACCCCCUCCGCCAGCAAACACCAGCAUCCAACUCCCCGGGAGACAGCGGAGUUGUGCCCCCCUCCCUCUCCCUCUCCCUCUCCCUCCUGUCCCCUCUCCCCAUCGCGGAGCCGGCGCGAGGAGCUUUGCGAAGCCGCCGGCAUCCCCGGCAUCCCCCGGAGCAUGGAGCGGCUCGCCUGGACGUGGCUCCUGCUGCUCACUUGGUGCUCGGCGGGCGCCGACAUCGCCCGGCGGCCCUGCUCGGCCUCGCCGGUGUCCCCCCGCGCCCGGCCGCCGCAGGAGCCGCCGCAGCCUCCGCAGCCUCCGCGGGGCUUGCCGCGCUGGCCGGGCAGCCGGGAGCGCGGCGCCGGGCGGGACGAAGCCCUGCAAGCGCUGCCCGGCGGGGCGUGGGGCGACGGGGACGAGGAGGACGAGGAGGAGGAGGUGGCGGUGGCCCGCGCCAGGAGGAGCAGCGGCGCCGGGCUGCAGCCCUUCGCCCCGGACGGCGGCGGUAGGACCGAGGGGCUGCCGCUCAAGGAGGACGGCAGGGCCCGGGAGCUGCGGCUCACCAGCACCAGCUUCGCGCUCACCGGGGACUCGGCGCACAACCAAGCCAUGGUGCACUGGUCCGGGCACAACAGCAGCGUGAUUCUCAUUCUGACGAAGCUCUAUGACUUCAACUUGGGGAGUGUUACCGAAAGCUCGCUUUGGAGGUCAACGGACUACGGCACGACCUACGAGAAGCUAAAUGACAAAGUGGGUUUGAAAACUGUGCUCAGCUAUCUUUAUGUCAGUCCGACUAACAAGAGGAAGAUAAUGCUCCUGAGUGACCCAGAGAUUGAGAGCAGCAUAUUGAUCAGCUCUGAUGAAGGGGCCACCUACCAGAAGUACAGGUUGAAUUUCUACAUCCAGAGCCUGCUCUUCCAUCCCAAGCAGGAGGACUGGGUCCUGGCCUACAGUCUCGAUCAAAAGCUGUACAGCUCUAUGGAUUUUGGGAGAAGAUGGCAGCUAAUGCACGAGAGGAUCACACCAAACAGGUUUUACUGGUCCGUAGCGGGUUUGGAUAAGGAGCCUGACCUGGUGCACAUGGAAGCCCGGACAGCUGAUGGACGUGAGUGCCUGAGCCCAGCGCUAAUAAGAUCGGCCCUGAAUGCCCACUACAUAACCUGCCGGAUCCAGGAGUGCUCGGAGACCACCAGGAGCGGGCCAUUUUUGCGCUCCAUCGACACCAGCUCACUGGUUGUCCAGGACGAGUAUGUCUUCAUUCAGGUGACUGCUGGUGGAAGAGCUAAUUACUAUGUAUCGUACAAGCGGGAGCCGUUUGCUCAGAUUAAAUUGCCCAAAUAUUCGUUACCAAAGGACAUGCAUAUCAUCAGCACAGAUGAGAAUCAGGUGUUUGCAGCCGUUCAAGAGUGGAACCAGAACGAUACCUACAACCUUUACAUCUCCGACAUCCGGGGGGUCUACUUCACCUUGGCUUUGGAGAACGUGAAGAGCAGCCGAGGGUUGGAAGGGAAUAUCAUCAUUGACCUUUACGAGGUAGCAGGGAUCAAAGGUGUAUUCCUGGCGAACAAGAAGAUAGAGGACCAAAUAAAGACUUUCAUCACCUACAACAAGGGCAGAGACUGGCGGUUGGUGCAGGCUCCAGACACUGAUCUCCGAGGGGACCCAGUGCAGUGCCAGAUGCCCUUCUGUUCCUUGCACCUGCAUUUGCAAGUCUCAGAGAAUCCAUAUACUUCAGGAAGUAUUUCCAGCAAGGAAACUGCUCCAGGGCUAUUGGUAGCUACAGGGAACAUCGGCUCCGAACUGUCAUAUGCUGAUAUCGGCAUGUUUGUCUCUUCUGAUGGAGGGAACUCAUGGAGACAGAUCUUUGAGGAAGAAUACAAUGUAUGGUAUCUUGACUGGGGCGGGGCACUCGUGGCCAUGAAGCACACUUCAAUGCCCAUCCGGCACUUGUGGGUGAGUUUCGAUGAAGGGAGAUCCUGGAUUAAAUACAGCUUCACGUCAACCCCACUUUUCGUGGAUGGGUCCCUGGUGGAUCCCGGCAUAGAGACACAGAUAAUGACAAUUUUUGGGCACUUCAGUCUGCGUUCAGAGUGGCAGUUGGUCAAAGUGGACUACAAAUCCAUCUUCAGCAGGCGAUGCAACAAGGAUGACUACCAGACCUGGCACCUGCACAACCAGGGGGAGCCUUGUGUCAUGGGGGAGAGGAAGAUCUAUAAGAAGCGCAAGCCCGGGGCACAGUGUGCACUGGGGAGAGACUACUCCAGGACUGUUGUCUCUGAACCCUGCGUCUGCGCCGACGGCGACUUCGAGUGUGACUAUGGCUAUGAAAGACACAGUAACAGCCAGUGUGUCCCAGCCUUCUGGUUCAAUCCAUCCUCCCUGUCCAAGGACUGUAGCUUCGGCCAGAGCUACCUGAACAGUACCGGGUAUCGGAGGAUCGUGUCUAACAACUGCACGGAUGGGCUCCGGGAGAAGUACACGGCCAAGGCUGAAAAGUGCCCCGGGAAGGCUCCACGUGGACUACACAUUCUCACCACCGACGGCAAGCUCGUUACAGAACAAGGGCACAACGCCACCUUCAUCAUCCUCAUGGACGAGGGUGAUCUGCAAAGGACAAAUAUUCAGCUAGAUUUUGGAGAUGGUAUCGCCGUGUCCUAUGCAAACUUCAGCCCGAUAGAAGACGGCAUCAGGCAUGUGUAUAAGAGUGCUGGGAUCUUCCAGGUGACAGCAUAUGCAGAAAACAGCCUGGGCUCUGACACCGCUGUCCUCUUCCUACAUGUGGUCUGUCCACUGGAACAUGUCCAUCUCAGCGUCCCCUUUGUCGCCAUCAGGAAUAAGGAAGUCAACGUUACUGCCGUGGUGUGGCCAAGUCAGUCUGGCACGCUCACCUACUUCUGGUGGUUUGGUAACAGCACGAAGCCUGUUAUCAGCCUGGAAAGCAGCAUCUCCUACACGUUUGCCACCGAGGGGAUGAACACCAUCACGGUCCAGGUCUCUGCGGGGAGCACCCUCAUCCAGGACACCAAGGAGAUCGCAGUACACGAAUAUUUCCAGUCUCAGCUCCUGUCGUUUUCCCCUAACCUGGACUACCACAACCCCGACAUCCCCGAGUGGAGACAAGACAUUGGCAGAGUCAUCAAGGGAGCACUUCUGCAGGUGACUGGGAUCCCCGAUGAGCAGAUUUUGGUAGCAGUAUUUCCUGGACUUCCUACUUCCGCUGAGCUCUUCAUACUACCCCACAAAAACACGACAGAGAGGAGGAAAGGCAAUGAAGGUGAUCUGGAGCAGAUAGUUGAAAUCCUCUUUAAUGCUCUCAACCAGAACCUGGUCCAGUUUGAGCUGAAGCCCGGGGUCGAAGUGGUCGUGUAUGUCACGCAGUUAACAUUAGCACCCCUCGUGGACUCCAGCACUGGGCACAGCAGCUCGGCCAUGCUGAUGUUGUUAUCCGUCGUCUUUGUCGGCUUGGCUGUUUUUUUAAUCUACAAAUUUAAAAGGAAAAUCCCGUGGAUUAACUUCUAUGCUCAGGUCCAGCAUGACAAAGAACAGGAAAUGAUCGGGUCCGUCAGCCAAAGCGAAAACCCCCCCAAAAUCACUCUGGGUGAAUUCACUGACCCCGAAGAGCUAAUGGACAAAGAGCUGGACACGCGGGUUAUAGGAAGUAUCUCGACAAUUGCUAACAGCGAAAGCACAAAGGAAAUCCCCAACUGCACUAGCGUUUAAUACUGAGGAUCCACUUGGUCUACAGAAUUUCUGACUUUUUAUUUGUAAUUAUUAUUAUUGUUAUAAUUAUUAUUAUUGAAAAAAAAAUUAUAUGUCAUUAUUAUUUGGGAGGGAGGCGGGGGACGGGUCUUUUAUUUUUAACCAGUGGGCGUUUCCCCAGCGCUAAGUGUCCCCUUCCAUUUAUGAAUGUGGUCCUGGUAAACAAAAGGCUAAGGGAUUCGAAUGCCCGGUUCACAUUCAGGUGAAUGAGAAUCAGGCACCUAAAUCUCUUAGGCAGAUUGGAAAUCCUUACCCUAAGUGACAGGGAAACGGUCCUACUCCGUACUCGGUGGCGAAGCAGCCGCUUUGUCCUACGAGUGUCAGGCUGAGACGCCGGAUCCGAUGCUGCAGCACACCGAGCCCCCUCCCUCUCGUCUCACAGGGAUGGGCAGGAUUAGAUCCGCCGCUGUUCACCUCGGCCGUCUUUUAAACGAUGGGCUAAAAAGAAACCCGCAAAGCAACAUCAGCCGCUGAGCAGGAGGGACGCACGUCUAGGUUUAUGAAUGAGGCCCUGCCCCCCCGUGCAUGUUAAUAGCAACGAUGCAGACGACCUACUGUAGAUAAUGACAAUGUACAUAGCUUUUUAUUUCUUGGGAAAUAAUUUAAUGUUUAGUAAAAGAAAAGUUUAACGAAAAAGAAUGACAAACCACACACACACACGCACACACCCCCCUACACACGUGCACACCCACACACGUGCCAACCAAGCAAGGACCCACGGCGAGCUCUUGUGCGACGCGUGGGUUCACAACGUGUUUCAAUUGUCUGCCAGGCUUCCAGCUCUGCAUAUAAAUGACAUGAUGGUUUUUCUUUUUUCCUUCACUGGAAGACACGCGUUGUAAUUUUUGAAGAGCAGGAGCAACGUUAGGAGGGUAUGAGGUUUUCACCGUGAUUUUUCUCACCUUUCCAUCCACAUCACUAAAGCAAAAACGCCGUCCUCUGUCAUCCAGUAGUGACUCUCAUGAGAGACCAUCAUAGAGAUGAAGAGAAAGGAGCGUCAACGUACUUGGAGUUCAUCCUGGGUUUGAAUAAGAUGUUGAAAGCAAGCCUAAGUCCUGUGCCGUCUCAUAAUGGCGGGCCAGCUUCUGAUUCCUCACACUGCCUCUUCCUAUGUCACCAAAAUUACAUGCAUGGAGUAAAGUGCUCUUCAGCAGGAGGAAGAGCAUGAGAAGCUGGCCAUCCUGUUGAGGCAUGUCAUUAGGGACUGCUCCCGGGACUAAGGGCUUCAGGAUUAAGGCUAUCUGGAAACCGCAUCAGAAAUCUGGCCAAAUACAAUAUUAAGACACCCUUCUUACACACAGUCCAGCGCAUCCGCUAGCCCCGCAGUCUGUAAAAGCCACAACGACCCCUCCUCACGAGUGGUGCAUCCUGCUCAGAUGAUGAGAACAUAAAAAAAAAACCCCAGGUGAUUGUAAGGUGGAAACAUCUCGGGAUUUCAGGACCUUCUGCUGUGUUCAGUCAAGGUUGAGGAUCAUCGCCCACACAGUGUCAUGAGAAGCAGGUGGGAGCAACGGGUUAUUUUCACCCAUCCAUACUGAAGUUAAGAUGCUGAAACUGGGCCUGAUUCUGCAAGGUACUGAACAGGAGGUCAGCUGGGACUGGGAGGUCCCGAGACCCUUUCAGGAGUUGCUGUGCUCUUGCCUGGUGAUGGAAAGCCAAGAGGGGCUCUCCUCCUAAGGCAUGGGUCCAGAUCUGAGCAUCCCCAACGGUCUGUACGCUUAAAGGCAAUCCAGUUCAUCUGCCAUAUAUUAAAAAAACCCCUAUGCUGUUUAUCAUCAUUCUUCUAAGUAAACUGGAGGCAUUAUUAGCAACUUGCCCAACACUCAAAGUGCCUCUCUAUCUGUUACAGACUGGCCACCGUAACUUGGGCUCUGUUAAUGAGGUGAGAAGUCAUUGCCAGCUGAGUUUUUUUUUUUGUAGGGAGCACGACCAAAUCCGAUUUUCUCUGCAGAAAAGAUGGAGCAAUUAGUUUAAACAGUCAAAUUGUUGCAAAGCCAAAAUCUAGGAAAAUGUUUGUGUGAGACACUAAAGCAAAGCAAGCUCAGCUCCGUGCUUCUCUGCUUUCUGAUCCUGCUCUUAAAACACCCACAUCCUUCUCAUCAGUUUAAAAAUAAUUCCCUUAGGUUUAAAAAUAAUCCCCUUCCCGCACUUCCUCUUCUGAGCUCGUCCCUGAUGCAAGCUGGAGACUGAUAGCUGUGUUUUCCUCCCUGCCCUUGCAUUUCCAUCCAUCAUGGGUGCAUACGCUGGUUCUCUCACUGUAUCCCUUAUAUUGAAAUACCAACGUAUUUUACUGUAAUGGCCCAAUCUGCUGAUAACAGAGUGACUGCAGGGCUACGGCAUCCCAUCUUGAUGUGUGGGAGGUUUGUUCAUAAAAGGUGUUCCUGCUGGCGCGGAGCUGAACGGAGGUUUGCUCCAAAUUCUCCAUAAAAGGCAUUUUGCUGUAGUAAGGGUUUGAGGGGCUGCUUCUGUGAGCUGCUAGACAGAACGGGUUGAGAAGCAGCCUACCCCCACAUCAGUAAGCAAUUCGUCCGGUUUGCUGUGGAUUAUCCCCCCCCCGCCAACAUACACAAACCAUUGAUGUUUUCCCAGGUUUUUCACCGAAAUUACUUUAUGGUCUCAUUCAUUCGAUUCCAACCAAAAUACAGAAGAUCGGUUUUGCACUUUCAGGGCCCUGUUCUCUACCUUACCUCCCCCUGGCAUCAGCAGAUGCAUGACGAAUAGGUCCAAGGAGGUGAUACUUCCCCUCUAUCGGGCGCUGGUCAGACCGCAGUUGGAGUACUGCGUGCAAUUCUGGGCGCCACACUUCAAGAGGGAUGCGGAUAACCUGGAGAGGGUCCAGAGAAGGGCCACUCUUAUAGUCAAGGGCCUGCAGACCAAGCCCUGCGAGGAGAGACUAGAGAAACUGGACCUUUUCAGCCUCCGCAAGAGAAGGUUGAGAGGCGACCUUGUGGCCGCCUAUAAGUUCAUCACGGGGGCACAGAAGGGAAUUGGUGAGUAUUUAUUCACCAAGGCACCCCCGGGGGUUACAAGAAACAAUGGCCACAAGCUAGCAGAGAGCAGAUUUAGACUGGACAUUAGGAAGAACUUCUUCACAGUUCGAGUGGCCAAGGUCUGGAACGGGCUCCCAAGGGAGGUGGUGCUCUCCCCUACCCUGGGGGUCUUCAAGAGGAGGUUAGAUAAGCAUCUAGCUGGGAUCAUCUAGACCCAGCACUCUUUCCUGCCUAUGCAGGGGGUCGGACUCGAUGAUCUAUUGAAGUCCCUUCCGACCCUAACAUCUAUGAACCUAUGAAUCUGGUAUCGUGUAGGGUUGGGAAGGGUAGGGCAGAAGGGAAAAGAUCUACCAGUCAACAAAGCAAGUAUCUUUUUAGCAGAGAGAUGCUUCAUGGCAGUGAGACACCUGCCUGGUUUGAAAUAUUGCUGUUUUUUGUCACUAGAAAACACUGAGUCAUUUAAUAAGCGAUUUCUUUUGGUCUGGAAAUACAGAUGGAAACAUUUUGGCAGGUGUUUCUGAGCAAACCUCAUCUUUCAUUAGACCCAGUGUGACCAGUGGGCUUUGAAAUUGCCCCAUUAACGUCCAUGGGAGUUUCUCAGCGAGCUUUGGAUCGUGCCUGGAGGUGUCUCAGUCCCUCACCACAUUGGGCCCUAAGUAGAGAUGGAAAGAUAUGGCCUUUUCCCUUUUAAGUACAUUGAUGGGGAACAGCAUGGAGGUGUCUGACCCCAUCUUGUGUACCAGGGUCUUGUAAAUUCAGGGAGAGUCAAAGCUGUCAGGGUUGGUCCCUUCUUUCCAAAAAUGCAUGACCCGUGCACUUUGUAGGCAAAUAAAGGAAAAUAAUAGGUAAUUUUUUUGUGUCUCCUUAGACACUGCUGAGGCAAUGAGAGUCACAGGGGAAUCACACUGUUAAGACAUGAACGCCAUUAUAUUAGCCGUAGUAUAAAAUCAUUGAAAAGAGGGCUGGGAAAGACCUCAGGUGGCCAUCUAGUCCAUCCUCAUGCCCCCAAGGAAGGAUCAAUUGUAGCUACACCUAUAGAAAUAAUACAGAAGAUUAUGGGCCCUGCUGCAUUCCCUGUGGCCCACUGUGACCAUAUUUUGGGCACACACAGCAAGAUUAUGGUUUCCCUUAUGCGGUCACCAGCUCUACAUCACCCCUCCUUCAUAGGUCCUUAUGGAGGAGGUAUGAAGGCAAAGGGGCAAAGCCAGAAAACUCACGUACUCCAGCAAUCCAGGGCUGCAGCCACCAUAAAUUAGAGCAACCUUGAGGUUGCUCUAAAUUGCUCUAAAAGUCCCAGUUAGUCCUGGGAUUAGGCAAUACAAAGAUGGCCUAAAUCCACAGUUCCUACUUAGUCCUGGGAUUGGGAAAUACAUAGUUGGCAUUAAUCUACAGACUUUCUUGUAGCUCCAGCACUUAUCACUGCUUGGUUGAGCCUGAGGAUCCAGGCCAGAAUCCUCCGUGCUCUUUCCAAGAUGUUGGAAGAGCAUCACUCUCACACAUCUUUCCUGUUUUAAGGCUGAAAUGGGGCAGACAAUUGCAAUACUUGUAUUAAACACAGUAAAACAACAAAUGCAUGAAUCAUAUAUAUAUACAUAUAUAUAUAUAUACUGUUCUUGGUUUUAUUGUUCCAUUUGAAUAUUUCUACUGUAAAAAAAGGCAGUGGUUUUGAAAUUGUUGAAAAUAAAUGUAUUUUUGUACAUCGGA